UAACCGUUACGUGGCGUUAGCAACCGGCUCGGUUACCAAGGAAAUAAGACGUGAAGACCAGCGCACAUUACUCGGUCAACAGAAAGAUACGUGUUGACUUAUGAUUACGUUUGAGCGGAGCUAUCGGACGCAUGGCAGAGCUGCAUAUCAUCGGUCAAAUCGUCGGUGCGAGCGGCUUUCCCCAGAGCAGUUUGUUUUGCAAGUGGGGCAUUCACACGGGAGGGGCAUGGCGGCUUCUCUCUGGCCUGAAGGAGGGUCAAACUCAGGUGGAUCUCCCGCAGACGGGUGAUAUGGCCUACUGGAGCCAUCCGAUUGAUCUUCACUACACCACUAAAGGACUGCAAGGCUGGCCAAAGCUUCACCUGCAGGUGUGGCACCAGGACUCGUUCGGACGCUGCCAGUUGUAUGGUUACGGGUACUGCCACGUCCCUUCGAGCCCCGGACAACACACCGUACGUUGUGCGACCUGGAGACCUCUGGGCUCUUGGCAAGAACAGUUAGCGCAGAUGUUCGUCGGCGGUGGGCCACAGUUGCGCUCCCCGGAUCUGAUUUACAGCGGAGCGGACAGAUACAGGCUUCAGACCGAGGCGAUGGGCACCGUGGAGCUGGAGCUCGGCAUUAUCAUGAGGCACUUUGACAAGCACGGCGUCGAGUGUUAACAGUGGGACAGGACAGUCGUGUUGAGCUGAACACGAAGGGAAAGACUGAUGGGAUUGGAGACGACAAUCUAACAUUGUUAGAUAUUACACUGUAGUUAUAUACGUAUAUUGUAUCACGGAUUUGUUUUUAUGUGUGAUGUGCUUGAGCUUCACCUGAAUAAAAGCAAACACUCUCAAGA